AUAAAGGACAUAAAUUGGAAAGUUUACUCAAAUUUCAAUCAGUUGAUUCCUGUAUGGUGAGUAGAAUCAUGGUGAUUAGGUCUUUCUACAGGAAUUCACGUAUCGGAUGUUAAAGACCAAAUUCAGGAGAUUGGAGAAAUGGAGAUUACAUACUUAAAAACUUUGGUAUUCUGUGCGAUUGUUUUACGAAAUUUAUUUGAUGGACUCGACGAGUACCUCAUCGCAGCAACAGCGUGGUAUUAUGUCAAAUCUCUGGGACAAGAUAUGACUUUCUUCGGAAUCGUCAUGACAGCAUACCAAUUCGCCGCUCUUCCGUCCAGCCCAAUCAUUGGGAGAUUCGCGGACAAAUUCGGAAAUGUUAAAUGCAUCAUCGUCGUCAGUAUGUUUUUAAAGGGCAUGUCCUAUGUGAUAUAUUCAAUUCCAGUCUCGCCCUACUUUCCCUUGACAGGCAGAAUAUUAGCUGGGUUCAGCAGCGGAUCCGCUGGAGUACUUUUUGGACAAAUAACACUGUACACGCCUAAGAGAUAUCGUGCACAAAUCUUUAUAAUGUUGGACGGAAUAUAUACCUCGGGAACGCUUUUUGGUCCCACUGUCGGCGUAUUUUUGACCUUCAAUGUAAAUAUUUUUGGAUGGAAGAUUGAUGCUGGUAAUUCUCCUGGUAUCGUUGAUGCAAUGAUAUGGUUUGGACUGUUUCUAAUUACGCUAUGGUUCCCCAAGGAGUUUGGAACAAUAAAGGUGACAGAGGACGAUCAUGAUGAUGAGGGUGAUGAUGUUCGCAAAAAAGCAAAAUAUGGUUCUUACUCGGCAAUUUUUUUGAUAUUUUACCUGGUAUUUUUAAGCUUUUUCUACUCAAACGCGGUUGCAGUUUAUGUUCCCUUGCUUGCACAAGACCACUUCCAUCUUCAAUUCAUCCAUGUGAAAAUGCUUUUCCUCGUGUGUUCUUUGUUUGCCAUGGUUCUAUUUCUCGUGUUCUAUAUUGCUUCAAAAUAUUACCAUGAAACGCUAUUGCUAAUUUGUUCUAUGCUGAUGCAGGUAUCUGCGAUUUCGCUAUUAACUUUUAUUGGUUUCCACUGGAACAGUGGGUUAGGUGUAUAUGGUGGAUAUAUUCUCCUUCCUUACAUUUGUCUUGGGAUGCCAUUCUUUUCAUUUUCCUUGGGUUGUUCGCUCUUGUCUAAAAUAACACAUCCAAAAGACGCAGCUUUUUACCAAUCUUCAUCACUUUCCUCAGCACACGUAGGUUUCUUGCUUGGCCGUCUAAUUGCAUCAAACGUAUUCGGUAAGACAUUGCUUUUGUGUUUCUGUUUGGCGCAGUUUUUAUGCUGGACACUGGGUGUCGUCUGGUUCACUUGGGAAUAUUCCAACUUACGAGAAACAAGAGAAACUUCUUAGUCCUAUUGUGUUUCACGUAAAUGCAGUGGAACGUUUUCAGAAUCAACACCAUAGAAAUUAUGUAAUUCACGUUUAUCAGUCUUUUACAGUAACUAUAUAUGUUAAAGAGAGAUGCUCGAAACGAGGUUUACGUCUAUGCAAUAAUUAUGAUUAUUAUGAAUAAUUAAAUUAGAUUAAAUAGGGUAUUGUCUCAGGACCGCAGCUGGAAACUUAAUUGGUUAGGGUGAUGUCCCGUGAUACGAUGAGUCCAUGAAUAGAC